AUGGCCUCAAUCAAGGAGAGAGCUGCGGCCCUGAACCUGGCAGAGAAACUGUGUGUGCGGCCUCCAGGCUGUGGAGUGUCUGGUCGAGCUGCCGGCCUCCAGUCCUCCUCCCUGUGGAGCGGCCUCCUGGCUCACCUCAGGUCCUCUGUGACCGUGAAGCGUCGACGGCUUCACCUCAAGUCCCACAGCGACUGUUUCCUCGGCUCAGAGGCCGUAGAUGUGGUGACUGAGCAUUUAAAAAACAUCCAGGGCUUUGAUGGUGCAGACGUGUCUCGGGACAAAGUGGUGAGCGUGUGCCAGGCUCUGUUGGAGUGUAACGUGUUUGAGGCGGUGGGAACCAAAGUGUUUGGGAAAGACAAGAAGCAGGAUUCCUUUCAAGACAGCAAGAGUUCCCUUUACAGGUUUGUAAACGUGCUCAUGCCUUCGGUGGAUGAGCUGGAGGGAGUCUUGCCGGUGAAUGGGAUUCAGAAACUCUUCUGCAGCGCUGCAUCAGACAGGCAGGAGGAGCAGGUGCGUCCCACCGGGUCACAUGUCCUCCCGUUAACUCCUGUCAACUUCGAUAAGUCGUCCACCAGAGCAAAGCAGCCUGAUGCUCAUGUCACCGGCCGCCUCUCAGUGGAGGCCGUGGUGGACAACCAGAGUGUGAGUCCCAGCAAACUGCAGACGGACUCCGUGUUACCUCAGUCAUUGGUAGACGAGGUGUGGCAUGAGCAGACCCUCCUCAGGCUGCUGAACCUGGUGGAGCUCCCCCUGCUGGAGGCGGUGCUUCAGAGCAGCCAGAACCUGUCUCCCCCCGCUCCGUCCCACCCGCUGUCCCACAGUAACCCAGACCUGAUCUACAGCAGCAACCACCUGGACAGACAGAUCCUCAAGGCCUUCAGGGAGACUCAGGAGGACAAGUGGCUGUGUGCAGCUCUGGACUGUCUGGACUUCCUGUCCGAUCAGCCUGUGGUGGAGCUGAGCCGGGAGCUGCCUCACUGGUUCCCUCAGGACCAGGAGAGCUGUGACCAAGCACCUGCUGGUUCCAUCAACCAGGAUGGAGGAUGUAGAUCUUCUGUAUUCAUUCUGAUUUGUGUUCCCACAUCAGGUCUCUCCCUCAGUGGUCUGGCCCAGUGCAAACUGCUGGUGUACAGGACUCUGGUGAAACACUACAGUCACACAGACCAACCUCCACUUCUCCCGCAGCACAUGACUGACUUCUACACCGCUGUCACUGACCUGCUGGUGAACGCUAAGUUAGACAAGGCCCUGGAAGCUCUGCAGCUGUGCUUGAAACUGCUGCCACCUAGCUGCAGAGACGAGCUGCGCAGGCUGCUCACAUUCAUGACUCUAGCCGCUGAUCCACAAGCGAUAAAACUGGAUAAGGAGAUGGAAAACAGAUUAGCAGUGAAGAAGUCUUUCUCCAGAGCCAUCGUCCGCAGCAAAGCUCUUUCCAAGGAGAACGAGGACCUGCUCGUGGUCUUCAUGCUCAGCAACAUAAAGGAAAUCUUCAAGAUUCCAGGAGCUCUGCACAAAGGAGUGAGUGAGAAGCUGAGCAGCCUUGUACAGGGGACGCAGCCCGAUGUGACGGGCUCCACCUUGUGUCAGCAGGUCUCCAGCAGGACCUACACUGACGCCACGAAGGAGACCACCAAGCAGGAGCUGUGGGCUCUGCUGAACAACAUCAACACCAACACAAAGAGCUCAGCCAAGGAGAGGAAGCGUCUCCUCGGACAGUUUUACCGAGCCCACCCGGAGAUCUUCAACCAGUUCUUCGGUGACUCUGCUGUGAGCAUGCUCUAGAUUUAUGAGGCCGGUGAUAAACUCUGUCUCUAAUAUUAUAUACGCCACUGUCCAUUCCUACAGCAGCUGUAAAGGAGUUUGUGACUUUUACAUGUUUGGUUAGUUCUUGUC